ACAUACCGUCAUAUGUGCAGACAUUUGUACGUGGUAUAACGAAAAUAUCUGCAAAUAAGAAAUGUGUUGCAGACCGGAGAUUUUCAGUAACAACUGUUGCUUGGUAGUCGUCACAACGCCAGCUCAAUUUGCAUUCCGCCGCAUUCAUAGUGUCAGUCAAAGCGAUAUACUAAAGCGAAGUGUUUAAAAGCAAAAACAGAAAAAACAAAUCUGAAGAAAUACAUACAUACUUAAUGAAAACAAAAGUCACAAUAUAUAAGAAAACAUUAUCUCCUCCCGCCUUCGAACUAGAUAAACAAAUAAGACUUGUGCCCCACUACGCGAAAGGAUCACUCUUUAUUUGUUUGGGAGUCAAAACUUGUCAACAACAUCUGCAGCAGCAUUCCAGCUACAAAGUGUACCAGCGGCAGCAGCAAAAAUGAUUGGCUUUUUGAAGAAUGGGUCCACAUUCACCUUGGGCAUCGUGAAACACAAAUAUUGCCUUUUACACCGAUACUCCUCCAAUAUUGCGUAUGGAAGUACAUCGCAUUUCACGGCCGCUGUUAAGUCCUAUGUCGAUGAAUGUGUGGAUCUUUGCUGUCCAGAUCGCGUACACAUAUGUGAUGGCAGUAAGCAAGAGAGCUCAAUGCUGCACAAUAUCAUGAUGAAGCAAGGAACCAUUACCCCACUGACAAAGUACGAAAAUUGCUGGCUCGCUAGAACGAAUCCUUCGGAUGUGGCUCGCGUUGAAUCCCGUACUUUCAUCUGCACAACACGCAAGGAUGAGAGUGUGCCAAUAACAAGCAAUGCAACUCCUGGUGCUUUGGGUAACUGGAUUUCACCCGAGGACAUGAAGAGGGCUAUAGCAGAGCGGUUUCCGGGCAGCAUGAAAGGCCGCACUAUGUAUGUCAUACCAUUUUCUAUGGGACCUGUUGGUUCGCCUCUGUCUAAAAUUGGGAUAGAAGUUACUGACUCACCCUAUGUUGUGGAAUCUAUGAAAAUAAUGACGAGGGCAGGUUCAAAGGUUUUAGGUCAAUUGAAUGAAGGAAAUGGAGAAUUUGUAAAAUGUCUCCACUCGGUGGGUACACCUAAAAGUGGAACACAAGAAAUGCCAUCCUGGCCAUGCGAUCCAGAACGUACAAUUAUUUUGCACAGGCCAGAUAAUAAUGAAAUUGUUUCAUACGGUUCAGGUUAUGGAGGAAAUUCAUUGCUAGGCAAGAAAUGUUUUGCUCUGCGCAUUGGUAGCACAAUUGCCAAGCGGGAAGGUUGGUUAGCUGAACAUAUGCUAAUCCUGGGCAUUACAAAUCCAAAAGGCAAGAAAAUUUAUAUCGCAGCAGCUUUUCCAUCAGCAUGCGGCAAAACCAACCUGGCCAUGAUGACACCCACUAUGCCAGGCUACAAGGUGGAAUGUGUUGGCGACGACAUUGCAUGGAUGAAGUUCGACAAGAAUGGUGUAUUAAGGGCAAUCAAUCCAGAAAAUGGGUUUUUCGGUGUAGCACCGGGAACAUCAAUGUCUACGAAUCCAAUUGCAAUGAAAACGAUUUUCAAAAACUCUCUUUUUACCAAUGUGGCAUCAACAUCGGACGGUGGAGUUUUUUGGGAGGGAAUGGACCCGACCGCUAUUAAAGAUAUUACCGUAACCGAUUGGUUGGGUAAGGAAUGGUCACCCGAAUCUAAAAAAGUUUCUGCUCAUCCCAAUUCGCGCUUUUGCACACCAGCAGCACAGUGUCCAAUUAUUGAUCCAGCUUGGGAAGACAGUACUGGUGUUCCAAUUAGUGCCAUUCUUUUUGGGGGUCGCCGCCCAAGCGGAGUCCCUUUAGUGUAUGAAGCAAGAAACUGGGCUCAUGGCGUUUUUAUGGGAGCUUCAAUGCGAAGUGAAGCAACAGCGGCUGCCGAACACAAAGGCAAAGCCAUAAUGCACGAUCCUUUUGCAAUGCGUCCCUUCUUUGGAUAUAAUUUCGGCGACUAUUUGAAGCAUUGGUUGUCUAUGGAAUCGCGAGGUAGUGUACCAAAAAUAUUCAACGUAAAUUGGUUCCGCAAGGGCGAAGAUGGAAAAUUCCUAUGGCCAGGCUUCGGAGAUAAUUCCAGAGUACUCGAUUGGAUCUUUCGCCGCGUGGAGGGUGAGAAUUGCUAUCAUAAAUCACCCAUUGGUCUACUUCCCGUUACGAAUUCGAUUAAUCUUCAGGGCCUUAAAUCUGAGGUUGACAUGCAACAACUAUUCCAUUUACCAAAAGACUUUUGGCAACAGGAAGUAGCAGAUAUUGAAAAAUAUUUCCAAACACAAGUUGGCCCAUACUUACCUGCAGAAAUUUCAUCGGAAUUACAGCAACUCAAAACCAAUGUAUCCAAAAUGUGAACGAAAAUCGACCGGGAAUAUUUAGAUUGAAUUCUUGAAGUCGAAUGUUUUCCUACUCUUAUACUGAUCAUAUUGUUUGUAAAUAAAUUGUGUAAAGUUUGUAAAUGAA